CCAAAACCCAAAAACUACUUUCCUCCAAAAACUUCCCUCGUCAGCCUAUCAAUGUCCCAACAGUUGACCCCAGAUCGGCUUUCCGAUCUUCCAGAUGACAUCCUACACUGUAUAAUGGGCUUCCUCUCCGGCAAAGAUAUCGCCAGUAUGGCUGCCUUAUCUAGGAGAUUCAGGUCUGCAUGGAGUGUCUUCCCCGUUAUUGAUAUCAACAAGUCCGUUCUUACUAACGAUUUGCUUGCUGCGGUCAAAUUGUCUCUUCAGCGUCUUCGUGCAACACAUAUAUUUGGUUUAAACAAGUUCAGACUUAAUUUUGAGUUCAUAAGGAUGAAUCAACAUAGUCCUAUUCGUGAGCUUAUUGAUUCUGUGAUGGAGAAUAAUGUAAAGGAGCUGGAUGUAAACUUUUGUCCUCCUAAAUUGUUCGAGCAAUUGAGGAUUUUCUAUAGUCUCAAAACUCUGCAACUUGAGGAUUACCAUGCUUUGCAAAUGGAUAUUGUAGCACCAAAUCUUGAAUACUUCUCUCUCAUACGAAAGUUGUCUCGUUGCCUGCACCACCAAUGGAUCGAUAUGUCUUCCUGUAAGUCUGUUAGAACUUUAAUAUUGGAAACUCCUGGUGUUUCUGAGGAGUGGCUGGCAAUCCAUCUGUCCAACUUUUCCCUGCUUGAGAAUAUCAAGAUUAUGGCUGACAGACUGAACUCUUUUGUCUGUAAGGGGAAUAAUUGGUCGAUUUGUCAGAUCGAUAUUGAAGCUAAGUGCCUCAGAAACCUAGAAAUAGAAAUUAGCAUCAACAAACCAAUGCCUUGCUUUGUUGUUCAUUUACCAAGUACAUGUUAUGAAGUUAAGCUCAUUCUCAAGCUCCAUAUGCAAGCAUUUGAGGUUGGGUUUUGGUUUAAGGUAUUGACAGACUUUUUGGUAUGCUUUGGGCACUGUAAAGUCUCAACUCUUGUCUGCAAUAGUGCUAAGGUUUUGAGUUUUCUUGAAGAAUUGAGGGAUGAUAUGGUGCCUCCUCUGCUUGACUUGAAGCAUCUAAAGGUUGAAAUCUUUCCUUGUUUGGUGCUUCCUUGGCACGACUAGAUCUAUACCAAGCUAGAAACAGAGUCAACAAUUGAGGAAAAGUUAGUGGAUAGCUUACUUUGGUGCUGUCCUUACGCGAAGUCCAUCACAAUUAAAAAGAAGGGACAAGAGGAAAAAAAAAUCUUACAGGUACAUGAAUAUUUGAUUUGCUUCAUUCACUAAGCUAGCAUCAUUUCCUUAUGUCAUUUUGAGGUUAAUCUUUUUUAAAAAUGUUUGAUAAUUGUGCUUAAUUUAUAUAUCUUAUUAGUGAGGAAGACUUAUAAAGUAAUUGGUUAAAC